CUACAUAUUAGAGUGUACCUCAGUGGUCUAUGAUUGAUCAUAGCAGUACUACCGUAUCGCUGUGCUUCUUGCUUUAGGAUGCGUAGCAUAGAUAGGUUCUGAAAUUGAUUUGAGGAAGGAUAAUCAUUACUGCUUUAUUUGGUACUGUCCAACAUCCAUUAUGUGUGUCUGAGUCACAUGGGGGUCAAAAACGGAAAGGGUUCCUCUAUGCCCACUACUAAGCUACGUUUAAAUGGUAUAGUGUAUAGUGCGUCUCUUUGCAUGCCCUCGUACUCAAGGAAGUUCAAACCAGCAGGAUUGCCUAUUCUGCUACCUACAUUGCUGUUCUCUGACUUUUAAUGUCGAGCUGGGAUGGCAUAACCUGCCCUAUCGCACUAUUGGCUAUUAUCUAUUUCUCGAGAACAAGAGCGUUUUCACUGCUGCAAUGUGGAGCAUGACCUAUCGUCGUGUCGUUUAUUUACAAACAUAUCGUUUAAAUUCCCUCCCUCGCAUUCGUAUGCAUCCGGUUCAGAGAAGCGGCCAAAGUUGGUGAUCAAUAUGCGGCGAACAGCCUUUUCUGAGCAUCAAAAGCCCUCCCCCGCUAUUUAAAGCACGCAUGGUUCCGCUAGCUAAAAAAAAAAGAAAAAAAAGAAGAAAAAGUGGCAUAACUACUUUCCAGGUCAUGCGCUGCCUAACUCAAUUGCAUAAUGCGAACACCCUUGUACGUGGACGUGACUCGGAGCUGUGACGCUGGCUAAAGAUGUCUACAGUAGAUAGGACGAAGCCGGUCGAGGAGGAGGGCUCAAAGUGCAACUAGUACUAAUUUCGCUAUACGUCGUGCUUUGCAGAGGUACAUACUGCAAGAAGUUGAUAUUCUUUCCGUCUUGUCGGAACAGCCAUUGCCAUUCAGUGGUUCAGCCGUGGCACAGGUGCACAAGCAAGGAUCUAGCAUCUAGGAGGCGCUAACACCGACUCGUGGCGGUUAGGCAGCUACAGUUGGGGCACGCUCAGGUUGACUGUUUGUUGUGAGGCGACUGGGAGGUGACCUGGGCUCGAAUCCGGGCGCCGGCUGUGCCGAAGUCGGCCCAGGAGGCAAGAUCCUCCCCUGUGAUAGUCUUGACGUUGCCCGACUGAGCGUGGCUGACUACGGCAAGCAGUCCCAUCACAACUGCAGAGGCAAUUGCAUCUGGGAGGCGUUGAUCUGGGACACGCUAAUGAUGAUGAUGAUGAUCCUGUUUACUCAUGAUGUUGAUGUUGAUGAAUACACUCAUGCUCAUGAGGUUUACUCAUGCUUGUCAGGCAAUUGGAUCUGAGAUAUGCAGAGGUUGACUCAUGUUUCUCAGGCAAUUGCAUUUGGGACAUACUAAAGCUGAAUAAUUCAGGUUCAGACUUCUUCGCCCUUCUGGGGCGUGACCGUGGCACAUAUGAUGAAAGAAGAAGAAGUCGUCGCUGUUGUUCUUGUAGUAUGAGGCAUCGUUACUUUGUGGUGCUUUUCCUAUUUCUCGUAGCAGCGUACUUAAUUUCUUCAGCUACGUUCACUUCGUACAAAGAACGCCCACGCUUGUCCGCUCUGCAGAAGCACCACUACCUCCAGGUAUCAAGCAAGAAAACCGUUACCACGCCGAUGUCAAACACGGUAACUGCACGUGUUGGAGACAGCAGAGACAAAUUCGGAGAAACGCAUGCAACGCUAACGGAAAGACAUAACCAACAUCGCACAGGAGUUCCAGGGGAAAUGGGCCAACCGGUGCAUCUCGUGAAUCUGACACUCGAGGAAAAGGAGUCUGUGAAGGAAGGCUGGGACUUGCACGCGUUCAAUGAAUUUGUCAGCAACAAAAUCUCUGUGUUCCGAAGUCUACCAGACCCGCGGCAUCCUGCCUGCAAAAAUCGGAGGUAUCCAAAGAGUCUACCAGAAACCAGUGUAGUGAUAAUCUUCUACAACGAGGCCUGGAGCACACUACUUCGAACCAUGCACAGUGUCUUGAACAGAUCACCACCUCGCUUGCUUCGUGAGGUCAUACUCGUUGAUGACUCCUCGAACAUGGGCCAUUUAGGCAGGGAGCUUGAGGAGUACGUGUCACAUUUUCCGAAAGUACGAAUGCUUCGACUACGAAAACGUCAGGGACUGGUUCGAGCACGCAUGGCAGGAACGGCAGUCGCUACCGCACCCGUCGUGACGUUUCUAGGUUCCCACUGCGAGUGCACCGAUGGUUGGUUGGAACCGCUCCUGGACCGUGUAGGACGCAGUUCGACUACAGUCGUUUGCCCAGUGAUUGAUGUCAUUAACGAUACAACUUUUGAGUACUUCGCCGGCAAACCUGACGUAGUGCAAGUUGGUGGCUUCGGUUGGAACCUACAGUUCGACUGGCAUCUACCGCCUGAACGCGAAGUCAAGAGGAGGAAAUUCGUCUGGGAACCAUUGAGGAGUCCCGCGAUGGCUGGAGAUGUUUUUGCGAUAGACAAGGUGUUUUUCGAGAAGUUAGGCAUGUACGACGAUACCUUUGACCUCUGGGGAGCAGAAAACCUGGAUCUUUCGUUCAAAAUAUGGAUGUGUGGUGGAUCCCUGGAAAUCGUACCCUGCUCCCACGUAGGACACGUCUAUCGUAAACGCACUCCAUAUCCGCAACACAACGAAUCCGUGCGGAACUCCAUCCGGCUGGCCCAAGUCUGGAUGGACGACUACGCAAAAUAUUUUUACGAACGGAUCCCGGAGGGCGUCGCGAUCCAUCUUAGAGACGUUGCACCUCGCAAGGCGCUCCGCAGCAAGCUCAACUGCAAGUCUUUUCGGUGGUACCUAGACACUAUCUACCCAGAGUUGUCCAUUCCAGGACUGCCCGUAGCGUCGGGACAGAUACGAAACUUCGAGGAAGACCGGUGCAUCGAACAUCAUCUCCCAGGAGUGCCGAUAGAGGCACUUGACUGUGAUGAUAUGAAUCCUAACCAGACAUGGGAGUUGACAGGAAGGGGUGAAAUACGUCAUGGGGAGUCUUGUCUACAUUUCAAUGGAAGUACGGGCAAUGUAAUGCUGCACUUGUGUCACGGUUCCUUUGGAAAUCAGUAUUGGACUUAUGAUCAUGAUACGAGUUCAAUCAGGCAUGCGGGAAGUGGAACGUGUCUUGCCGCGUCUACGGAUAGAUGGACGUUAAGCUUGGAGGCAUGUGAUGGAAGUUCAGCGCAACGAUGGAGGUUUAAAGUCUAUAGAGGCGUGUGACUAUUUGAAGUACAAAUGCAAUUGAUAUGGAAGGGUAUAUAAAAUGAAAUUUUAUGCGAACGCGUGUCCUUGUGCACUUGUUCGACGCGUAUUGUGUUGAUGACUAAGUAGCUAGCAUCGCGUAGCAUGGCAUCUCUGACCAGAAAUCACAGCAUGUGGGGUCAAAUUCCACUCAAUGUCCGAUUAACUACGGUACUCACCUUUGUAAAGAAUGGGCCGACGGAAAUAAAGGUAUUGAACUUGAAGUUAAAUUUGGGUAAUAAAUUUGAAACCACGCUCUUUUUUGUGUGUGGUAUGUAUAUUCAAGUAUAACUGG